ACCGCCGACACCCUUUACGUUAAUACGACUAUCUCUGUACUCGGAAGAGACUGAGAUUGUUCUUUUGCAUCUAAUUCAAUUCAAUCUUGUGGCCGGUCCACACACUCCAACGUAAUACCAGUUCUCUUGCUCAAGACGACUUUCACCAUCCUUCCAUUACUUUUCUUAAACGAAACGAAACGCCUGUCAAUUACGCAGACUCGCCUUUCUCACGCACUCUCUUUACGCUUUAAUUGGCAAUCUCCACACGUCUUUCCUUUCAGGAACCUGAUUCUACCUUGAGAAAGGAAGAAAGAGUAAAAUCGUAAUAUCUGUUUUAAUUUGACGGAAGAAUUUGGAAUCGCAUUAUUUCACAAUGGCAGCUAUUCAACUCAACUUCACGCUUCGAACCUCCAGCAAUUGCAAGACGGUCCAUUUGCUUGGUUCAUGGGACAACUAUGCCGGACAAUUGCCGCUUUCCAAGGACCCAAAGAAGAGCGGCGGAUGGGUGGGAUGCUUUAAGUUUCAAGGCGCGACACUCAAGCAGGGUCAGCGAUACUGGUACUACUAUAUCAUCGAUGGCUACCACGUCUCGCACGACCCCGCUAAGGACCACACCACGGAACAAACAACUGGCCGGAAACUGAACAUUCUCGACAUUCCCGGGAAGGCCAAGACCUCGACAUCCACCGCUCAGACUUCCUCGCACUCGUCAUCGAACCGGCACUCACGCCGCAUCAGCACCGCCUCGAUCCCCAAGGGCCGCGGCCUUUCGCCCUCCCGCAUCGUCGCGCCCAGGCCCGAACGUCCUCACCAGACCCGCGGCGUCAUCAACUCUCAAUAUGACAAAGCCACUCUUGAAGCUCUGACUUCGCGCUUUGCACGCCAAACCAUCUCACCCGCUUCCUCGGCGACCUCAUUCUCCGGGAGUGACGACUACAGCGAUAGCGACUCUGAUGUACCCUCUCUGACCUCCCGGUCUACUAACUCUUCGUCGCCAUCAAGUGUGAGCUCAGGAAGCAGCUGCUGCACAUGCGAACGAUACGGCAUUACGCGAUCUGGUGAUCGAGUGAAGCUCGAUUGUGGCGGAGUACGAUGCGGAUAUUCUGAUGAUUCGAGUGACUGCUCCAGCGAGGAUGAGUUGCAGAUGGAGUACGAGGCCAAGACGACGAGAAGACAGGGUGUUUUGAUCCGCACAUAAAGCCCCAGUAUCACACACCACAGCUCUUCGCUCGCUUCACUCAAUCCUGAGUUGACCAUUAAAUUGGUCGUCAUUGUUUCCAAUACCCACGAUAUCAAUUCUUCUUUCUGUCCAUAUUUACGAU